AUGGGUACCAUAUUGGUUGGUGAUCAAGAAAAGGGAACACAUUUUUCUUGUCGUUCAUCAAAUGUUCCACGUUUACUAUAUGGAAUAAAAAGAUUAAAUUCCAAUGAAAAUAAUAUGUGGUGGCGUAUGUAUAUUAUUCGUGUUCGUCAAUUUCGACGAAAAUUAAUUCAAUUAGUAUAUGAUUCAAGAACAUUAUCAAAUAAAAAUCAAAGUGCGAUUGAAAUAUUAUCACCCGAUAUUUUUCUUAUGAAAGGUGAUUAUUUAUUAAUUGAAUGUGAAAAUAUUCCACAAGCUGAUUGUUAUUUUCUUAUUUAUUAUACUUAUAAAUCAAAAUUAAUUAAAAAUGAUAAUACUUGUUACAGAAAUGAUUUUAAUGAUUUAUUCAGACUUCUACCAUCAAGAGAUAUACUCAAUACAAAUCAAAAUACAAUGAAUACAUCAAGUAUUCAUGGAUCAACUAUAUUCUUAUUAAUAUUUAUAAUAUUAUUAUUCAUUUGGAUAUCAAUUAUAAUUGGUUGUAUCAUAAUGCGUCGUAUACGUGGAUUAGUUAAUUUUCGUACGCAACCAACAUUGCCAUUUUCAUGGCAAAAAAAUAAUUUAACAAAUGGAGGGCGAGGUGGUAAUGAUAAUUAUCAGCAACGAACUGGUGAUGCAGAUCAAAUUAUGCAAAUAGAUGUUGAACAGGCUGGUUUUAUGAGUUAA